CGCCGUCAUUUUUCCGGCGCCUUUUUUUUCUUUCCUGAAACGUAACCAACUUUUCCACAGCCUUCGUGGCCGAUGUCGAUGAUUCGAAUUCUUCAUUCUCGUCUAUCCUCUCUCUCAAACACUCAAGUUCCACUGAAAGCAUCUUCUCAUGGCUUCAGCAAACCUCAUGGACGCUCAAGUAUUUCUCUAGCUGGCAUACUCCAGGUUCAUGUUGGAGUGACAUCAAAUAGAAACAUCUAUAAUGGAAUUAGGGCUUUUUGUACCACUGAAGAUUUGUCAAUCAAGAAAUGUGUGCCAUGCAACACAAAGGACUUGAGGCCUAUGACUGAAGAAGCUGCAAAUACAUUGAUGUCACAGGUACCUGAAUGGAGUUUGGUCAAUGAUGGUGGAAUACUGAAGUUGCACAGGUCUUGGAAAGUCAAAACUUUCAUUAAAGGACUCAACUUCUUUGAACUGGUUGGAUGUCUUGCAGAGACAGAAGGUCAUCAUCCAGAUCUCCAUCUUGUCGGAUGGAACAAUGUGAAAAUUGAUAUAUGGACACAUGCCGUGGGUGGACUUACAGAAAAUGAUUUCAUACUUGCUGUCAAGAUUGAUAGGCUCAAUGUUAAAGAGCUUCUGAGGAGGGAAGUUGCUAAACCUACAGUACCCAGCUCUUAGUCUUCCAAUUGAGGAAACAAGAUUACCUCCUCUGAGGUCUCAUCUGGAUACAGGCUUCUGCAGAAGGGCUGUCAAAUAAACCUCCUGAUUCUUCACCCCAGCAGUAUCAGUCUUGUCUGCCACAGCCCACUUCACCUUCUUGUACCCCAGCUUCCAAAUCAAUGGCUGAAACACCUUUUCCAGAUCCACUUUUUUGCUGAAGAAAUGGUCCAGCCAAAAGUACCCACCACCUCUCAGCACUCUAUCCACAUCAAAGAACAAGAACUCCAUCAUAGUUGCAGGAAUCCACCUAUUCACAGCAUGCCCACACCUCACAAGAUCCAUCACUCCAUCAAACACUGGCAGCCUCUGCUGCAAUGGCACAUGUAGUGGCACCAACCCCCUCAGUGCCACGGCCUCGUUGUAGGGCGCCCCGAGGUUCAUGGUGGUGGUCACUACUGUCAUAUUUUGCAGUUUCAUUUGUGCCGCGAAGGUGCCUGUCCCACCACCUAUGUCCAGCCCUAACCUAAUCACACUCUUGGCCGAUUUCGCAAUUUGCAGUAGCUGUGGAAUUGGCAGAUCUAGAUCCGAUUUGGAUGAGAAGAAUCUGGAUUGCUCAAUUUUCAUAUCAAACCCCAUUCCAGGGUUGGACUUGGCCAGGCAACUGAAGCUCUUGCAGUUGUAAUUCUUCCAAAUCACCGCGUUUUCCGGCAGACUGGAAAACGGAUUCUUUGGGAGCGAGGUCGGCGCGGCGGUGGCGGUCCGGGAGAAGCACCGCCGCCGCGGAAGCGGGUGGCAGCCGCGGAGAAUCAGGGAAUCGGCAAUCGCCGAAUCCGCAGGGCAGAGAGCAAAGGGAGUGUAAUUCAUGUACUGAUGGAGCAAAUCCGGGUAAUCCUUACAAGCAGAAGCAAUGGGAGACAUAUGAGCGUAGAGAAGAAGAUCGGAAGGGAUAGAAACGGAAGGUUUCCUGGAAGACGGAGGAGCCGGCGAUUGGAGGCUGGUGAGGUGGUUGAUGGUGGCGCGUAUGGUUUGGAGCUGGCGGAUGAGGUGGUCGGGGACGGCGGCGACAUUGGCGGCGGGGGAUAUGGACUGGAUGUUGGAGGAGAGGUGGUAGAGAGAGAGGAUGUUUGUGGCCACCAUAGCCAUCAAGAGAAGCAUGUUCAGACCCAUGGUGAAACCCAUCACGCCGACAAGAAUUUUCUGGAUUUGAUUUGCGGCCACUUCCCCUUUACUAUCAGUUUCCAGCACAAAUUAAAGCUUCUUCUGCCUUUGGAAUCUUUUAUUAAUAUCUUCAGUCAUCUAUCGUCGCUCAGUCACUCGCUGUUAAGUGUUAACUAACAAGUGAUGCAUUAAUUAUUGGUGAAAACACCAUUACUGCUCCACUAGUGCUAAACCUACUUUAAGUCAAUAGUACAAUCCGUAAUUCCGUAAAUGCACUAUGCACUCAGCCAGUCAGCCCGAAGUAGUGAAGGAGUGAAGUAUGAUUUUUGUCUCAGAAUGUUAUUUAAUUUUUAUCAAUUUUAAUCGCACAAAAAACCUUUUUAUUAUUAUAUGUAGACAAAGUUAUAACAA